GCGUCAGCCCUCGUGUCUGACCAAUGGGGGGGCGAGACCCCCGCCGAGCCGGAAGGGCCCCAUUGGUCCAUUGGGCUCCGGGCUGUGCGGCGGGCGUUGGAGGCAACUCCUGGAACCUGGACAGGAUGGGCGCCAGCUCCCUGUCGGAGGAUUACCGUCUGUGCUUGGAGCGGGAGCGGCGCAGGGGCGGCUCGGGCGUCUGUGCGGACCCCACUCUGCGGGCCGUGCUCUGGCAGAUCCUCGUGGAGGACUUCGACCUCCACGGGCUGCUCCAGGACGACGCCCUGGCCCUCUUCACCGAUGGGCUGUGGGGCCGCGGCGACCUGGCCCCCGCCCUGCGCAACCUGGCCCGGGCGUUCGAGCUGCUGGAGCUGGCCGCUGUCCAUCUCUACCUCUUUCCCUGGAGGAAGGAGUUCACCACCAUCAAGACAUUUUCGGGGGGCUAUGUCCACUUCCUGAAGGGUGUGCUCUCGGAGGACCUCAUCACCAAGUGCUUCCAGAAGAUGGGCUACACGAGGAAGGACGAACACCACCUGGUCGUGGCCAUGCCACCGCCGGGCUACGAGCUCAUUCAGGUGGCUCUCGGCUGCUUCGCUCUGAGGUUGGAGUGUGAGAUCCUCGGGGAGAUCCUGACCAAGCUGGGGACCAGCCUCCUGUCUGCCGAGGAGCUGAUCGAGGAGCGAAGGGCCAGUGGGGACGUGGACACGUGUGUGGACCGGCUGAGGCGGCGGCUGGCGGGAACCGGAGAGCCGCCCACGAGGCCUUUGGUUAGUUACCCCGCCGGCAUCGAUUUGUACAGUGACAUGCUGGAAGAAGGGCCCGAGGAUGGGUCUCUGUAUGGUGAGCCCCUCACGGGGCCAGAGUCACCCUCCCCAGAGUUAGCCUAUCAACCCCCGGUCUGGGAACAGAGCGCCAAACUGUGGGGCACCGGCCAGAUGGCCUCCAGCGCCAGGGAGCUUCGGGACAACGGGAGCAGCUGGGAGUCUCCCAGCGUGGAGGAGCCCGUGGAGGAGAGCCUGUCCUAUGAGGCUUUUGAAGAACCCACGGAAGAGAGAACCACCUUCUCCUUCAUCGCCCUGCGGAGGGAGCUGACCACAGAGGUUGCCGGGGGCAAGAGCCCCAGCCGUUCCCCUCGGCUCAUCAGGGCCGCCGGGCAUCUUGAGGCCUCUGAAGGGGCCCCCGCUUCUCCCUCUGCCGCCGGUGGGGAGCCCCAGCGCUACCAGCUUCACGGUUGCCUGCCAGUGGGCACUCUGCCCGCUUACUGCUGUGAGACGUGCUGCCAGCUCCAUGCCAGCCACUGCCAGGCCGUCUAUAACUGCCGCCUGGAUCACGCACUGCACGAGCUGCUGAGCGAGAAGCAGCGCCGUCUCUGGCUGCAGAGGACCCAGCUGGACUCCCUGCUUUACGAGAGUCCCCCUAGAGCCAGGCCCUAGGUUGAGGUGGGCCAAAAGUGAACUCCCCCAAUUACAUGGCUGUCCCCCCCUUCUCCAGAGAGACCUGGCUUCUCUCCUGGUUGGAGGGGACAGGAGCCCUCUAGCUCAGAGAGUCUGUAAUCCUGGUCCCUGACCUACCCCCUCAGCCCCUCCUCUAAAUCAGUGGCCAGAGGCAGCAUUACUGGGGGCUGGGAGUUUGGGAGAUCUAGUUCCCUCUGCCGCCAACUAAUUGUGUGAGCUUUGUUACUGUCCCCAUUUGUCACUGAGGAAGCAAGUCCUGGGAGACUAACAACCUCAUGAUAUAGUGGAAAACAUUUUGAAAAAGCUUCAAGUGUCACAACAGUGUCAGCUAGAAUUUCUCUGUGAGGGAACUCCUGUCUUGAAAAUGGAAGGUAAAGUGAGGCGAUGGGAAAGCCAGCUGUGCUAUAAAAGCAGCCCCCCCUUCACCAUCCAGGGCGAGCCCUUCUGCCAGCGAGGGCCCCGCGGAGUGGCAGCUUGGGCAUUCCAUGAGCAGGGGCCGGCCCGCCCCUUUGCACCACCUACAUCCCUGUCCCCGAGACCCUUCUGUCCAGCAGGGCUGUGCUCAGGGAGGAAGGGCCUGGGAGCAGGGGGGCCUGUCCUGUAUGGGUGGCUGUCUGUAUUAAAGUGUCUGAGGUGAUUCAGUGUU